AUGAAUAAUCCAGUUCUCGAACACUCGAGCAAGAGACUUGAGAUUCUCAUCGCAAGGCUGAAGGAGGAUGAACAUCGUAACUUUAAGGAGCUACCAGGGUUGGCCGAUCUCCUGGCAGACAUCGUGAGUACUGACACGGAUGUGAAUCGUGAGGAUUCCGUACGCAGAUUUUUAGAAGUUUUCUGGAAGUCCGAGACCGAUGCCACCUACAGCGCCACGCUUCGACGGUAUAAGCCUGAGGAAGAAAGUCUUAUUCGAGCUUUCGUAGAAGAGGGAAAACCUGCUAGCGAUGUGGGCAAGCAAUUCCAUAUGGGUCUGUCACUUGGAGCGCGCGAAGAGCUUCCUCUUGUCGAUUCAGAAGUGGAGACUGCUGAAAGCCUACCUGACAAGCCUUUGCGGGCAUUAGGAGAACGAAUGCAUGUGAAAGCCCACCGGGCCGUUGAAGCAAUGGAAAGGAGGUUGGAGGGAGUGACCAUCUAUGAUGACCAGCACAAAAAGAAUCAAGUUGUCAUAUAUUCGGACGAAAAGUUUCAGAAUUGGGGCCGUACAGUCGCUCACACACCCCAUCUCACCUGUAUCCCACGAACCUCGUAUGGGAUUCAGGAAAUAGUGAAGUACGCCAAAAGGAAGAACAUGAACGUCCGGGCGGCUGGAUAUCGCCAUUCAUGGUCUUCGAUAUUUGGUAAGAAUGGCCAAAUCACGAUCUCGACUUUAGGCCUUCACCAAGCUACCAUGUUGCCAAACAUUGAGUCACUACCAGGAUCGCAAUUCUUCGAUUCCCGCACGGAACUCAAUACUAUUGAAUUCGUCAAGCCGCCCCGGCCGGGAGAGAAGCGAUUGGUCCGAGUCGGGACCGCUGUCACAAACCAAAUGUUUCGACGUUGGUGCAACGAUCAAAAGUUGGAUAACGCCUCAUCCCUCCCAUUGAAUGUGAUCAUGGUGGAAAUCACAAUGGGAGGAUCGAAUGGGCCGAUUUGCCACGGAGCCGGUCGUCGACAUCCUUCUCUGAGUGAUUUGGUCCAUGAGAUCGAGUAUGUUGAUGAGAAUGGCGAGAUACAGACAAUCAACAAAGACAACAAUCCCGACUUCAUGGCUGUGGCAGCCGGAUGUUUUGGCCUCUUGGGGAUCGUCACUCACAUCACGUUAGAACUUGACCCGAUGUCGUACGCGGUCAUGAUUCCUCAGAAACUUACAAUCAUGCAAGCAAUUCCUCCACCACCAGGAAUGUCUAAUGAUCAAAUUCCUGAGGCGCUGCGCAUUAACAUGACGCCAGAGAUGCGUAAAAAGGCCCAAGCCGACUUUGAAAAUCAUGCCAAAAAUGACUUCUACUCCGAGUGGUUUUGGUUUCCUUACACCAGUAAAGUCUGGGUCAAUUGCUGGAACACUGUUGAUGACGGGAAAGACGCCGUCGAGUACCCUUCAAAUAUUAGUGUCUUUAUUCAGUGGGCGGAGACGGUAGCAAUCCAGAUCAUUCAAGCGUCCGAAGCAGUGCUUCACCUGCAACAAGUCUUUCCGUGGACCCAGGCGACGUUGCUCUCCAAGAUGGGCUUGUACGCCAUGCCAGACGUAAGAAAUCCCAAAGACGCCAUGAAGACGAAAUUGCCGAACGCCCUGCAUUUCCGACGAGCCAUCCAAAACGUCCGAGUUCGGGACAUAGAGGUCGAGAUCCCCCUGCAACCCAAGACAGGGGCUUUGAAAGAUGCCGAUGUUGACAAGGCUGACAUCGACUGGUCGCUGGUCCAAAAGGCCUGGUGGGAUGCUAUUCUUGCAGCAUACAAGUACAAAGACACAUGUCCACAACGCAUGCCGCUUGAAAUGCGUAUUACUGGACCAUCAAAAGUCACAAUGGCACCUUUUCGUGGCCAUCUCCUCGGUACUUGCUCGAUCGAAAUCUUGACGCUGGAGAACAUGAAAGAAUCGUGGCUUCCGUACGCACAAUAUGUUCUAGACAAGUGGAUGGAUCUCAAGGAUAGCCAGGGCAAUUAUCUCGCGACAAGGCCACACUGGGCCAAGGAGUGGGAGAACUUCACCGUCCGUGGAAAACCAAUGGUGGAGUACAUGCGGACCACAUACCAUGAUGCAAUUCUCGAGUUCCGCGAUACCUUUGCAAGGAUUGCGAAAGACCAGAGAUGGAAGGUGGAAGAUGCGCGUCAGCGGUUUGGCAAUGUGCUGCUGGAUCAGUUCUUCCAUCACUAG